AUGCCUACUAGAUUAACUAAAACUAGAAAACACAGAGGACACGUUUCAGCCGGUUACGGUAGAAUUGGUAAACAUAGAAAACAUUCUGGUGGUAGAGGUAUGGCCGGUGGUCAACAUCACCACAGAACCAACUUAGAUAAAUACCAUCCAGGUUAUUUCGGUAAAGUUGGUAUGAGAUACUUCCACAAACAACAAAACCACUUCUGGAGACCAGAAAUCAACUUAGACAAAUUAUGGACUUUAGUUGAUUCUGAUAAAAAAGAUGAAUACUUAAAAAACGCUUCAGCUUCAGCUGCUCCAGUUAUCGAUACUUUAGCUCACGGUUACGGUAAAGUUUUAGGUAAAGGUAGAUUACCUCAAGUUCCAGUUAUUGUCAAAGCUAGAUUUGUUUCCAAAUUAGCUGAAGAAAAAAUUAGAGCUGCUGGUGGUGUUGUUGAAUUAGUCGCUUAA